AUGCCAGCAAGGGCUUUUCUCCGAGUCCUCAUCCUGCUGUUCUUGCCCUGGCUGGUGCAUGGCUCCUGGGACAGCUGUGGAGGGACCUGCGGUACCCGUCCCAUGGCUGAAGACUAUGGGAUGUCGCGCAUUGUCGGAGGCGUGGACGCACAGCAGGGCGCCUGGCCAUGGAUGGUCAGCAUCCAGUUCCCCACUGCCAACGGCCCUUUGCACAUCUGCGGCGGGUCCCUCAUCACCCCCCAGUGGGUCCUCACGGCCGCUCACUGCUUCGUUGGGCAUCCCAGCUUCACCACGGACUGGUUCGUGAUGCUCGGAAUCACGGACCUGGCUCAGGCCAAUUCCGAGACCCAGAAGCGCUGGAUCCGGCAGGUCGUGGUCCAUGAAUAUUAUACCAGCGCCUCCAGCGGCUUCGACAUCGCCUUGCUGGAGCUGGACCAGCCGGUGCGGUGCGGGUACCACGUGCAGCUCGCCUGCCUGCCCGAUGCGACGCUCAGGGUAUCCCAGCUGUCCGAGUGCUUCGUCAGCGGAUGGGGAGCGAGGGGGGCCAGAAGUGAGUGCCUGACAGACCCGUUGGCCUUGGAAUGCUGGGUCAUGGAUUCACGGAAUGGGGUGGAAGGGAGGGGUGACAGCGGCGGUCCCCUCAUGUGCCGGGAGAAGGGCGCCAACUUCUACUGGGUUGUGGGGCUGAGGAGCUGGGGCCGCGGCUGCGCCAGGGCCAAGAGACCGGGGAUCUACACCUCGACGCAGCACUUCCAUGAGUGGAUCCUCCACCAGCUGGGAAUGUUCCGCUCCAUGGGAGCACCCACGACGCCCCCGACGUGGAGCCACCAGCACGUCUCCCAUACCCCCGUCCAGGAGACGAUGCCGGCGCCCACGGGCUCCAGCAUCAGUGGCUUCUGCUCCCUCCCAGUCCGGGUGCUGCUGGAAUUCAUCACUGGGGUGAAGGAGCUGCUGCAGGCUCUAAGCGGGGAGAAGAUUUGA